CGAGUGUCGUUGGUUCCGGCGCCAUGGCAAGCCAGAGCGUCGACCGCCUCCGCGACGAGAUCGAAGCUGUCAAGCAUGAAGCCGCGCUAUGGAUCAUCACAACGUCGCCCGAUCUCUCGACGCCCAAGCUCGCGAUCGCCAACGGCGUGCACCUCGUCGUGCAGAUCCGCGACGGCCCCGACAUUUCGCUGCCGACGCCGGUGCUCAAGCUCGACUUUGUCUUCACCGCGCACUAUGGGGCACUCCCACCGAUCGUCAAGUGCCCUGGCACAUGGCCGCACGCGAUGGUGCAUUCCAAAUCGCGGGUCGUCAUUAUGAACCUCCUCCAGCGCACAGAGAAGGGGUGGAGCAAGUCGUAUACGAUCGGGACCGUCCUUCACGCCUUCCGAAUGACGCUACGCCCCACGAAUGCGCCGUGGGACCUCCGGUCCCCGCUGCUGCACCGCCUCGAGGAGAAGCAUCGGAUUCAAGCGGCCGAGAUGACGGUCGCCCACUGCGAGAGCGGCGUCGCGUGCGAAAUGGGUACACGCUCGGUCAUGGAAGACAUGUACGUGCUCGUCGACUCGUUCGUGAACGGCGGCGACUCGCUCCUGGGCCUACACCCGGCACUGUACUGCGUCGCGGACGGCCACGCCGGCAUAACGUGCGCGCGCUUCCUCGUCGACAAUGUGCAGGCGACGCUCGGUGCUGAGCUUUCCAAGGACAAGACGGUCCGAGAGGCUCUGUACGCUACGUGCCUCAGUCUCGACCACCGGUUUGAAGAGGCGUAUGCACCCUACGACGACACGUCGGGGAGCACGCUCAUCGGACUAUUUUACGACGGUCUGGACAAGAUGUACUGCGUCAACGUUGGCGACUCGCGAGCGCUCCUGUUGCGCGGCGACUGCGUGGUUCAAAUUUCGCGCGACCACCGGUGCUCGGACGUUGAAGAAAAGGCGUACAUCACCGACCGCGGUGGCUUUAUUCAAAACGACCGGACGUUUGGACAGCUCACGGUCACGCGGGCCUUUGGCGAUGCUGACAUCAAGCGCGCGUUUGGCUCGUCGCUCGCCGCGUGGCCCGAGAUCUCCGAGUGGUCCAUCUCGCCGGACGGCGACGAUGUCUUUGUCGUCGCUUGCGACGGACUCUACUCGGUCAUGGACAACAACGACGUCGCCAACUUUAUUUGGGCCGGGCUCAAGGCGCUGAAGCCGCUGAAGCUCAUUGCAAGAGAGCUCGCCAACCACUGCGUCACGGCGUGCGGCGGCGAAGACAACACGUCUGUUGUGCUCAUUCGCGUCUCCUUGGACGGGUCGCUUUCGCCGACCAAGUCGACUUCUCGCUUCGCAAGCAACAAAGCUGCCGCAACGAUUGAAGAUGAGAACGCGGCACUCGUCGACACGCUUCUGAGCUCGUUGGACCUCGAGACCGAGCCGUCGACGACGACACCGCCAAUCAUAGUGGAAAGCACCAUUCAUCGGCCACCGGUACACAAGAGUACAAAAGUACCGUUCGUAAAGCUCGAGUCAGCGCGCGCGAUCGAAAACGAAGAAGACCUGAUGCAGUAUCUCAUGGACGAUAUGAACUUCAACGACGCGCCCGAGUAAGAACUCUAUGGACCUCUAAAUCGUAGAGUUUAAUGUGGCAAAUACUAUAUCGGAGAGUGAGAGUUGAUGAACCGUGA